CAACUUUUACUUACGUCACACGCAACCGAAAUUGUCAAACAACAUUUGUAGAACUAAUUUCAUGUUCUCAAGAGCAACAUCGUUUGGUCUACUAAAAUUGAAGCGGUUUCAAGACAUUUAUUUUAUUGCAAAAUGUCUUUUAUAAAAAAGCAAAAAAAAGUAUUCAAUGACAAUUUCAAGAAUCUUAUACGCCAAGGAAAAAACGCCGAAGUGUUGACUUUGGUAAACCACCUUAUUCCAAGAGACUUAAUUGAUGAUUCAGGUACGACGUUGCUGCAUUUGGCUGCCAUGUUGGGAAACGUCGAAUUAAUUAGAGCAUUGAUCGAUCUAGGUUGCUACAUCAAUGCUCGAACCUCAUGUCAGAUAACACCACUUAUGGCCGCCCUUUUGCACAAUCGUUUUGAAUUGGCAACUGUUUUAUUGGAAUGCGGGGCUGACUUUUCCACGUCUGAUUCUACCGGCAAGAGUGCGACACAGAUAAUAUUCAACAGAAAGAGAAAAGCGCCAAAAGAACUCGUACUACAAACACUUAAACAAAUCAAAAAAAGUAGUAUUACAAGAGCAGUGAAUGAGCUUCUAAGAGCUGAUUACCCUUUAGAAUUUGUUGUUAAUCUGAACGAUGCUGAAAUUACUAGGGAGAUACUGCAACGAAGAGUUUCAAUCAACAGUCGUGAAUCUUACGAAGCUUUGAAAUCAGCUAUGAGAUCUUUGUGUUGGGAUAAUAUUGGAGUAUUAUUGCACUAUGGACCUGCAGCUCAAGACAGGAGAGAUCUUUUUAUUGCUGAAUUAUCUUACAAUAUGAAAGGUCCAAAGCCAAAUUUAGGAUUUGUCAAUCAGUUUAUUGAAAGAUUGAUCUAUUGGAAUGUUAUCGAUUAUGAGCUCUUAACACUUUUCCAUGCUAUAUUUGAGAAUGGCACUGUAAGCGUUGUAGAAAUGUUUCUUAAUAAUAACAUUGACAUUUACGUAAAAGACAGAUUUAACCUUAAUCUAUUAAUUUACGUUUGUGGCAAUCCAAAUCCAGACGUGAUCAAAUUGUUACACAAGAGACCUGUGAAUAUCAAUGCUCUCAACAGCGAAAAUAUAACUGGACUACACCUAGCAGUCAGGAAAAAUUUGAUUAAAAACGUUCAGUAUUUGCUUGACAUGGGUGCUGAUCCAGACAUUCCAAACGGCCAAAACAUAACUCCACUCUUUGAUGCUUGCUCAAUGACAGUUAAAAAUCCCGAAAUUAUCAAUCUCCUAUUGCACUACGACGCGAAUGUUCAGCUUGUCGAUCAAAACGGCCAUACACUUAUCCAAAUACUAGCGGAUUCGUUUGUAGUGCAAGAGUCAAUUUUCGCUCAUCUGGCCAAACUCAGUGCACAAGGCGAAAUCAUUAGAGAAGUCGUGAUAAAGGAAAUUGAUUCUUGUGAUAGAUUUCAGAAUUUGUACAGCUUGUGUUGUUGGCAGAUCGAUCAAACGAGAAAUUGGUUAGUCGCAAAAAAUCUGAGUGUUUUUACUGUUCUUGUGACGCGUGCUAAGGAUACAAUAACUAGUUUACGCCAAAAAAAUAUCGUCACGGCGCUUUUGAAUUUUGGCUCGAAACAACAGUUACAUUGGUAUUAUAUAUCAAUAAUAAAGAGGAAAUUGGAAAGAUCUACCGAGUUGACUGAUUUGCAUAGAAAAGUGGCUCGCAUUGUCGCUGAGUGCAGUGAGCUGUUCGAGUACAAUUACGAUGCCGUGGAAAAAAUCAUGAGUUUUUUAACGUAUCAAGAUUUAAUACGUUUUGUAUAAACCAAUUUAUUUAUUCCGCUACGCACAGGUAGUGAAUGUUUGUAUCUUGCUUAUGAUUGAUAAAAAAAGUUUGCUUUCCACAAUUAUAAAAAAAAAUACUAGCGAUCUUAAUUUUUAUGUCUCAUAUUCUGUGAAUAUAAGAGUUCUAAUUUACUAUGAAAAUCUUAAGAUUUUAUACAAAAAUAUAUUAUUAUUAAUAUAUUAUCAGCAAUAAUGUUUCGACAAAUACAUAUGCGUAAAUAAAGUUAUUCGAACAUUGAAUCGCAGUCGUCUGCCAACAGUUU